AUGCCAUCCGAAAAACACGAAACCCCGUUCAAGGGCGGACAGACUAAUUCCGGGUCCAACAAAGACAGUAUUGCGCAAGUGGGAAGUCCAUCGGGUGUAACGAAAACCAAAAUGUUGCAUAUCGGUGAGAUCAGGCAUGUCGGCCAAGUCUCCGGAUACGACCAGCACCCCCUUCCAUUCCACGCUCCGAAUCCCUUCCUUCGGCAGGCAAAUCCUUGUGUCACUCAGUCGAACUCUGCGCAGGGAGAUUCGAGCGGAAACGGCGGUUUCAUGAAAAUCUACGGUACGGAGACAGUCACACGGAGGCAUGGCGUGCAGACAUUCAUGAAGCCGGAGGACUUCUUGAAGCUCUCUGACGACGGACGAAGAGCACUUGUCACUGCUGGACGGGCCGACAACCAGAACGGCGUUCACACUCCACCGCCGCCUCCUCCAGUGCUACUUCAAAUUCCUCCUCCACCUCCGCCGCCUCCAACAAUUCGAUUUCCUCCUCCAGCACCUGCGCCUACGAUCCACGUCGCCCCAGCACCGCCUCCGACAUUGGCUCAUAUACCACCGCUCCCACCUCCGCCUACUCACAAAGUGGGAUUCGUCUCGCUAGAGGGCAAGCACACCGCUGCACCGAGCCAAGCACCGACUCUGACACCGUCGGAUUCGAUCUCAAACAGGUCGGCUAGGACCAAACCUGCAACAGUCAAGGCUACGUUGGCGAAGGCAGCUUCUGCCAUCAAGCAUGCCAAGGGCGACAAAAGGUGCCAGCUUUGCCGUGAACCUUCGCAGGCACCAGAAAUCGAUGGCGUUCGAAUAUGCUCUGGUUGCGUUCAGUCGCAUCGCUACCUGGCCUUGCAGAGUUCAGCCAAACGAAAAUCCUCCAGGUGA